UAAGAAGGUAGUGAUGCUAUUAAAUGUGUUUGGUGCAAUUACUGUUGUACAAGGACAAUCUGUCCAAUUUAAACGUUAAUAUACCAAAUGUUUUUUUCGAUAUGGUGGAUACUGAUCAUCGAUUGUAUGGUGGAAUUCAAAAUCGUUUAUGGAACCGAACGGAUAAUAAUAACGGUGCCGGUGCACAUAAAAAAGAUGCACCAUACGAAAAUGAUUUACAAGAUCAUCGAUAAACCCGUUCCCGCUGAAACCGCCUCGACGCUGUCAACGGAUCGAGUGCGCUACCGUGAGGGACCCGCGCCGCCCGACGCGCCUAACGGGACGCACGGUGACGAGAACCAAACGGUAGCGUCGACUUUCAGGUACCACGAACGCGGUCACGGACCCGCCGACCAUCACGGUCGCGGUUAUGACGGAAAUCACCCUCACGGCCGUCUGCGCGACGGAGAUCCCUCGAAAUUGUCGAGCGCACACGGUGCGCGAAUCGAAGGUGCCCUGCACAAGCACUACGGCGACGCCGUCACCGGCCGCGGACCGCACCGCCACGUCGACUCGUACACGACGUACGGCUCCAACACAAACGGUGCGAGCUUGCACCAUCCCCAGCACCACGUGCACGGCCCGCGUCACCGUGUGCGCGGACACUACGCCACCGACGUGUGGUACGGCAAGCAGGCCGGCGAUGAAGAAGACGUUAAGCACGCAGUCGGUGAUCACGUGCGCGGCCACUCUGUCCAAGCGAUGCACGGACACUUUGGCAGCAUGUUGCGCACGGCGGGCGAUCACGAGCACGGUGACGUGCGCUUCAGCUAUCUCAAGCCCGCGCACGUCGGAGCUCACAGUCACUCGCACUUUGGCGACUAUCGACACGUGCGCGUCGGCGACCACAGGCACGUCGGCGAUUCCAAAAACGGCUGGCACUUUGGCCGUCAAAAUGUCAAACACUUUGGCGGCCACUCGCUCGGGCAGUUCGGCGAUUCCGCGCACGGAAACUUUGGAAGUCUGUGGAGCGCGCCAGACCCGACCGGUCCGGGUUUCCGGGGUCAAAACCAAGGCAGCCGACCGACCGGGCACCCGGAACCGCAACAGCACAGUGACGACCUGCACAGGGACGCCGCCAAGUUCGGUGCCAUCGACACCGGCGGCGCACGCGAUCAAUACGGACACGGUGUAGUCGACACGGUGUCGCCCGGACCGAACGCUGCUUAUAGCUACCUCGGCGAGUACGGAUUUCCGAAGUCGCUGCACGAUCACCAAUUCGGUAAACCCGUUUAUGGUCACCGCGAUACGGGCGGUUACCAAGUACAGGAAAACGUAGCAGAUUUCAACGGAUUGAUUUCGAUCGCCAUUCCGCCACCGCAUCCUGCCACCACGUCACACGCAUUCCAGACCGGAUACAACUAUCCUUCUCCGGCGUCGGGUAUCGGCGGCAGUAACACCGCGAUGCCGCCGACCGUCAACAACGUUUACUACACGCUCGAUCCCGUCGUGCCCUACGACGACAUAGCACUUCGACCGCAGCGGCGAACCGCUCGACGGCGUUGCGUGGAAAAUAUGAAAUAG